AUGUCGGGUCCGGCUACUCAAUCGCUGAAGUGCGUGGUGACCGGUGACGGUGCAGUGGGCAAGACAUGUCUUCUGAUCUCGUACACAACAAAUGCCUUCCCCGGAGAAUACAUUCCCACCGUGUUCGUACCCAAUUCCCCCUUCCCACCCCCGCACACAAACAAAAUCACGGCGCGGACAGCUAACAAUGGGGUUUCCAGCUUCGACAACUACACGGCCUCCGUGAUGGUAGAUGGCCGGCCGAUCAGUCUGGGCCUGUGGGAUACAGCCGGCCAAGAAGACUACGAUCGCCUGCGCCCACUGUCGUACCCACAAACCGACGUGUUCCUGAUCUGUUUCUCGAUUGUCAGCCCUCCGUCUUUUGAUAACGUGCAAGCUAAGUGGUUCCCCGAAAUCGAGCACCACGCCCCCAACGUCCCCAUCAUCCUCGUCGGCACCAAGCUCGACCUGCGCGACGACCGCGCUACCACUGAAGCCCUCCGCUCGCGCAAGAUGGAGGCCGUCUCGUACGAGCAAGCUCUCGCCGUCGCCAAGGAGAUCCGCGCACACAAGUACCUCGAAUGCUCCGCGCUGACGCAGCGGAAUCUCAAGAGUGUCUUUGAUGAAGCUAUCCGGGCCGUGCUCAACCCGCGCCCAGCCGCGAAAUCCGGCCGCAGUCGCCAUUGCAAGAUUUUGUAG